AUGGAAGAAGAUCAUUACGAUACUCCGUGGGAGUUCCUCGCAAGACCCACAUCAGUUCGACUGUCCAAUGCUGAUGCAGUAUUUGCCAAACGUCCGUCAACAGCAUCCGAUUCGCCACAAGAUUCUCCGCUCCCACACUCGCCUUCCUUCUCGAAUCGCCUAGUUCACAUUGGAAAUUCGCCGUUGGAAUCGAAACGUCAUUCAUUGAGGGUUGAGCGGCCACGAAAGGUUGAGUCGCGAAAUGAGGAGGAGAUGCUUCUGGAGAGGAACAUCGAUCGAGUGGGAGCCGAAAAACUUCUCGAAAGUCGAGGGCUAGGCGACUUUUUGUUGAGAUCGCGAGGAGAGGGAAGUGCAGCUCUGUCGCUUCGUGGUGCUACCGGAGUCCUACACAUCAAGCUCGAGCGACGGGGCGACAAAUGGGUGAUCGGAGAGGGUCCAUGCUUCCGUUCAAUCGCUUCGGCGGUCCAUUACUAUCGACGACAUCCCUUACCCAUACGAGGAUCAGAUCAUCUACUCCUUAAUGCAUCGCUAACCAAUACAGUCCGCUUAUAG